UUGAUGUUUACCGAUUACUGGAUAAACUCAAUGGUGUUCAAAACGAUAUUGUGAUGACACAUGAAUCAGAAAGUAAUGGCCAAAUAGCCUUUCUAGACAAACGUUCAAGUCAAAGGGAUGAUGGCACUAUUAGACGGUCCGUGUAUAGGAAACCAACUUGGACGGGACAACACUUAAAUUUCCAUAGUUUCUGUCCAUUGCAAUACAAGAGAGGUCUAGUUAAGCGCCUCUUUAAGAGGACUCGAAGAAUAUGUACCUCUGAUAUGGUGGAAAAAGAUGAAAAGUUACUGACUGACAGUUUAAUAACAAAUGGUUAUCCACUAAAGUUUAUUAAUAGGUGCAAAAGUCAGUUAAUGCCAAGACCUCUAGUUUAUUCAGUGCCAAAGAAAAAGGUUUAUAUCAAUCUACCAUAUAGAGGUGAAUCUAACAGUAUAGUUUCAAGGCAGAGAUUGAAAGCAGCCAUCGAGAAUACGUAUUAUGCUGCUCAGUUGGUAGUGAUUGAAAAGUCUAAGGCCAUGAUUCCCAAUAGACCCAAACAAUGCACUAAUGAUUACGUCACAUCCCAUUGUAUUUACCAAUUUACAUGUUUGUGUGGACACACAUACAUAUGGAGGAGUAAUCGAACAAUGCAAUCAAGGGUCAAUGAACAUGUGCCUAGAUGGCUUCAAAAUCAGUGUGUGUCAAAGGAUCCGAUCAAUGUAGGAGGUAGAAAACCAAGUUCAUCGAUAGCGAAACAUAUAAUUGAGACAGGGCACAAAAUUAACAUGAAUACAGCAUUUAGAACGUUGUAUAGAAAUUGUCAAGGUCGAAUUCUUAAGUUUAUAGAAGCCUUGACCAUUCGUAAAUUUAAACCCCCCUUAUGUGUACAAAAACAAUUUGUCGUAACCUUGAAUUUACCUUGGUAAUCCUUAAGUCAUUCUAUGGCCUAGGAUAACGCGACAAUUUCUUAUUCUUUCUCUCCCCUUAGUUAUUUUAAUUGUACUUUUAUUUGUUUGACCUUUAUUAAUUUUCAUAUAAAAAUGCCUUGACAAGUAUAUGUGUGUGACCAGAUUUUUCGAAAUGUAUAGCGCAAAUACAUCACAAUUUUCAGAUCAACUCCGUCUUCUCAUUGUUCUAUGGAAACCUAAACAUUAA